AUGAAGCGGUUCAUGGCCAUGUUAAACAGGAACAAAACCAAGGAUCCCCCACCCGCCAAGCUGCUGGAUCUAGCAGGACAGCUUUGCCAGGACCUCCAGAGCUUGUCUCCUAGUCUGGAGAAGCUGGUUGGGGCUGUAUUGGGGUGCAAACACAAGAUGCAUUUCCUCACUAACAUCCACGUUGUCCGAGCUUGUGUGUCCGUUCAUAUCCGUAAUGGGCAGCAUGACGCAGCCUGCAGACUCCUGGAGCAUUGCAAGGCAGAAGAGAAGGAGGAGCUGGUGCAACUUUGGCAUGAGAUUCACUACCGGAGGGUUAUGGAGAAACGCCACACGGAUUUUCUGACGCCACUGCAGAAAUUCCGUUGCAGGAAGAGGAAUCCUCCACCUAUUUCCCUUUGUCCUGAAGGUUUGAAGAAUCGCAACUAUUCAGAGGAAGUACGCCAGCAGCUGCACAGGUUUGCUGCAGAGGUGACGACAAAUCCAAACAAGAAGCAGCGGGAGGGAUUGGCUCGGGACAUGAACCUGCAGCCAACUCAGGUCUAUAAUUGGUUUGCAAAUUAUCGACGACGUCAAAAAUCCUGCCUCCCUCGUACAGAAAAGCUCAACAACUCGUGUCCUGAGGGGCCUUUGACUUGCCACACAAAGGAGCAGCAGGAUAAGGGAUCCUACACUCCACAAACUGCAG